UGGUACAUGGCUCCUGAGCUGUGUGGAUCUUUCUUUAGUAAGUAUUCACCGGCUAUCGAUAUGUGGAGCAUCGGUUGCAUUUUUGCGGAGAUUUUGACUAGGAAGCCUUUAUUCCCUGGUAAAAAUGUGGUUCACCAGUUGGAUUUGAUGACUGAUCUCCUGGGUACACCAUCAGCAGAUACUAUUUCACAGAUUCGGAAUGAGAAGGCAAGGAGGUAUCUAAGCAGCAUGAGGAGGAAACAGCCAAUACCCGUUUCUGACAGAUGUGGUUGUAACUGUUGCAAUGUUCAUAUUAAUUGGCUUAUUCUAGAUGCAACACUACAGGACAAAAUUGGAUGGCUCUUUGCACCUUUGGUGCUACUUCAGUUUAUUCUAACGGGGAGCGUUGAGUUAGUGAACAUGCACAAAUACAAUAGUUAUGUUCUAAAAGGCUAUAAUCCAGUCUACACCUUCCGGUAUUUGAGACGAGGUAAUUCUGAGAUUUGGACAUCUCCUAGAGUGGUCUCCUAG